GGGCCGAGUCUGCUCGGGGCCGGGUCUGCCCGGGACCGAGUCUGCCCGGGGCCGGGUCUGCCUAGGGGCCGUGUCUGGGGACUCUGCCCUGGGAUCUGCGUCCGUCCGGGGUCUCGUUCCCCGGUCCGUACCGGUCCGGAAGCUCUGUCCCGGGGUCAGUGUCCGUCCCGGGUCCGUGUCCAUCUGAGCGCUCUGUCCGGGGUUAUUGUCCUCUGGGGACUCUGUCCGGGCUCUCCGUCCUGGGUCCUUGUCCAUCCUGGGGCUCUGUUCGAGAGCUCAACGAAACGUGCUGGUGGCACAUCUGAACUUCUCAAAGUGCAAGAGCACACCCCGACACAACUUGAGGCAGCGGUGUGGUGAGGACUGCUGGAAAAAUUAAGGUUUCCUGAAUGGCAAGCCAGGUACAUGUUAAGACAUGGUGACUGACUUUGAUGAAAAACAUGACGAAUAUUUAAUAUCCCUUCAGCAGAGAAACCGGCUGCAGGAGCGGUUAAAAAAAAAAGACCCUGUGCAAAUCAAACUGGAGCAGUUGGAAAAAGGAUUUUCUUCAUAUGUGAAUGGAGCUAACUCUGAGCUGAGAAAGCACCGCAGGAAAAUCAUCCCACACAGCUCCCUGAGAAACAGGGCCAAAGCCACCAGGACAAAGGAAGCAACUGAGCUAGAAGAGAGUGGGCUGCCAGAACACAGCUCUCAGACUGCCCCAAACAAGAUACAGCGCAGGAAUUGGCUUCAGAAAACUGUGGCGAUUAAAACAGAAGGAGGAGGUAAACUCUACAUUAAACCAUCUCUGGAGUACUCUGAUGAUUUUGAACCUUAUGAAAGCUUGAAUGUGGAGAGCAGCAAUGAUGCUGAUGUUGGUCCUCUCUCCCAGCAGGAAUUGAGAAGCAGCUUGCAGCACAGUGUGGAAGAGGAGAGGAUGCAAGAAGACUCCCUUAGUGAUGAUUAUGACUCUGUUGAAGAGGAUGUGUUUUUAGAACCAUCUUCCACUGAGGAAGCAAUUACAGGCUUUGAAGGCCUUCAGUUGGAUAGCAGUGGGGCAUUGCAGAAGGAAGGUUCUGAACCUCAAGAUGCUGGGAGAUGCUCUGGUCUUGAUUCUGGUGCCCCAACUGUGCUGGAGUUCAGCCAGGAUCAAAGCAAAGUGAAGCCAGUUCGAGUUCUCUCAGCCAAAAGAAAGGACAGUGCUGAAGUUUACAUUCCUGUCAAACCAGUCAUGCUGAAAAAUAAAGGCACUCGGCCACUCUCUGCUGAGUUCUUGCACCAGGACAGACAUAAAACAAUUUGUUCUAAGCCCUUAAGUCGACCAGAAACAUCCCUUUCACUAACCAGGAAGAGUAUGUGUGAGAAGGAUCCUGACUUCUCUGUUUCAGCUGUUGUUCAAGCAGUGCAGAUUGAAAAUGAAUUCUUGCAGGGAGAUCUGCAAGGGCAAGCAGUUGCCACAAACCCCCAAGAGAAAACAUCUUCUGUUCCAUCUAUUCUUUCUGCAAAGACUGAACCUCCAGAAAAACGCCAGACAAGGACUACAGUUACCAGAACUGUGGAGAGAUUCUGCCCUUUUGGAAGCAGACAAAAGAAGAGAUUCCUGAAAGGCUUUGUGGAGCGUGGGAGCCAUUCUGUCUGUGACAGUGACAGAUCCCUGGCUGGUGGCAAAGCUGGAGUAAAUUCCAAGUGGAAAAAGAAGGUGACAGCCAGUAGGGAAGUACAUGAUCCCAUUUAUGUGACUAUGGAACUUCUUUCCAACUGGGGGAAUCCAGCAAACGUGGGCCUGAGCCAGGUGGAAUUCUUUGAUUUACACAAUGAGAGGAUCUUUGUGUCUCCUCAUGAUGUGGACAUUCGAAAUGCUGACAACGCAGGGGAUUUGUGCUGCCUGGUCAAUAAGAACUUAAAGCUUCCCAAGGAAAGAUGCCUUUGGAUGUGCCCUUUUCACCCACCCGUCCAACUUUACUUUGUUAUCCGCAAUCCCACCCGCUCAUGUGACUUUGGUAUAUCCAAGAUCAAGAUUUGGAAUUACAACACAACAACUCCCAGUGACCUGGAUGUUGGAGCAAAGAAGGUGAAGUUGUAUGUUGAUGAGCACCUUGUAUUUGAUGGUGAAUUAGAGAGAGGCUCUGGAGAUUUCCUUGCUGACCAGAACACUACAAUUGACCUUACAGAUCACAAGCAAGAUACCUCAGCAUCUCCCUCAGCUGAGAGGAAAGAAGGAAAUGCACCUGCAGGCCCAGAGAAGAAAACAGACCCACAUUUUAAAUGCUCAGAAUCAAACAGUGCUUCAGUGAACUGGAAAGCUCUGCCAGAAGAAAAUCUUCUUGAGCCUAAGAUGAAUUCAAUCAGCUUUACAAAGAAAAAUUUUUCUCAGUUAGAGGAUGAUCUAAAAGUGUUCCCAUCUCAAGUUUGUAUAAAAGAUGCCAAAGAGGAGGCAGCAGCAGAGCACGUUCAGUCUGAUGAUGAACUUUGUUUGAGUGAGCAAAUGGAAAAGUUAACAGGAAGAAAACUGACUAAUUCUGCAGGUGCAAUUCCUUCUUGGUUACAGUCAUCUUCCCAGGUAGCACAGAAUAAUCAAGUUACUCCCAGUAGGCAGAAGCCUUCAUGGCUUGCUACGGAGCAGAAUUUCAACUCAAGGUUUCAAACACAGCCAGAUGAAACAAAGAAAAACUUCUCAAAUCUGAUAAACGAGGAUGUCAAAUGUCAGAGGCAUGAACUGGGAGGACCCAAUAGUAGAAAUGCAACUGGAGAUGGGAGAUCACAAACACUGAUCAGAAAGGAUGCUGAUGAGGACUUGGACAUUUUUGACCACCUUUCCAACAAAAACUGCUGCAGUUUACAGAACCCUCUGAGUGGAAGGAGAAGUGUCAUGUGUGGUAAAAAACCAGGAUUAAACUCUACAAAUCUUGGAGAAGAUGAUUCUGCUCUCAAAGAUGAAGGCUUUCCCAUCAAGGACGUAGCAACCUCUAGAAUGAAGUGGUGCAGUGAGCAAGAGCACACUCUGCAGGAGUCCUGGAAGUCCUUGGUGAAAUUUAAUUAUUCCCACCGUGGCCGGAUCUCGAACAUGGAUUUUCAAGGGGAUAUCUUUGAUGAGUUUCUCCAUCAACAGAAAAUCAACCGGCCUGGAGAACAUCAGAGAAAAGAGGGACUGCAAACACUACCAAAGAGGCAAGAGGAAGAAAAUUCUGUGGAGAUACAGGAUGGAAGUGAUUUCAAAAUCCCUGUUUUACCUUGUGGGCAGCACUUGGUGAUAGACAUCCGAACAACGUGGGGAGACAGACAUUAUGUUGGUCUUAAUGGAAUUGAAGUUUUCAGUUCUAAAGGACAGCCUGUUCAGAUUGCAAAAAUAACAGCUGAACCCUCUGACAUAAAUAUUUUACCAGCCUAUGGAAAUGAUCCCAGGAUAGUAAGCAACCUGAUAGAUGGGGUGAAUCGGACCCAGGAUGAUAUGCACCUCUGGCUGGCACCAUUCACCCCUGGAAAACCUCACUUUGUCUUUAUUGACUUUGUGAAUUCCUGUCAGGUAGCGAUGAUCAGGAUCUGGAAUUACAAUAAAUCCCGCAUCCACUCCUUCCGAGGUGUGAAAGACAUUAUCAUGGAGUUGGAUGAGCAGUGCAUCUUUAAAGGAGAGAUUGCCAAAGCCUCAGGAACCUUGUCUGGAGCUCCAGAGCACUUUGGGGAUACCAUAUUGUUCACUACUGAUGAUGAUAUUCUUGAAGCCAUUUACUGCUAUGAUGAGACAUAUGAUGGAGAAAUGGGAGAUUCCAGCUCCCUGAGGUAUGAGGAAGAGCUGAAGAGGCCAACAACUGCAGACAGGGAGGGAGAUGAGAGACCUUUUACACAAGCAGGGUUGAGAACAGAGGAUCAACAGGUUCAAGAGCCAAACUCUGUCUCUGAAUGCAUACCAAAGGAAACAGGAAUAUUUACUGGAAAAUGCCUGCAGCUGAACUUUACCAUGACCUGGGGAGACUCUCAUUACCUGGGACUGACAGGACUUGAAGUGAUAGGAAAGGAUGGUCAAGCAUUAAAAAUCAAUGCAGAGCAGAUUUCUGCUUCACCCCAAGACUUAAAUGAUCUUCCAGAGUACACAGGAGAUUCCAGAACGUUAGAAAAGUUAAUAGAUGGGACUAAUAUCACAGUGGAGGAUGACCAUAUGUGGCUCAUUCCCUUCUCUUUUGGAGAAGAUCAUCUGCUCACAAUCCAUUUUGAUAAAACUGAAAGCAUUGCAGGGCUUCGCUUUUGGAACUAUAAUAAAUCUCCAGAGGAUACCUACAGAGGGGCUAAGGUGGUCCAUGUGAUGCUGGAUGGGCACAGCAUUUCCCCCCUGGAGGGCUUCCUUAUCCGCAAGGGACCAGGCAACUGCCACUUCGACUUUGCUCAAGAAAUUCUGUUUCUUGACUAUUUGCAGCCCCAGCCAGCUCCUAAAGUACACAGGAGGACUGCUUCAAGAGCACUGGAACAAGCCAGUAUGGACUAUGAAGCACCACUAAUGCCCUGUGGUUUUAUUUUCCAGUUCCAGCUCCUGACGAGUUGGGGUGAUCCCUACUACAUUGGUUUGAAUGGGCUGGAGCUGUUCAAUGAACAUGGAGAACAAAUCCUACUGACUGAAAACAAUAUUGCUGCUUUUCCAGAUAGUGUCAACAUUUUAGAUGAUGUAUCUGGAGACAUCCGGACUCCAGACAAGCUGAUUGACAGAGUGAAUGACACCACUGAUGGCAGGCACAUGUGGCUGGCACCAGUUCUUCCUGGUUUGGUGAAUAGGGUAUAUGUCAUUUUUGAUGUACCUACUACCGUGUCAAUGAUCAAGUUAUGGAAUUAUGCCAAGACACCUCAGAGAGGUGUGAAGGAGUUUGGUCUUCUGGUGGAUGAUUUGCUGGUGUACAAUGGGAUUCUGGACAUGGUGAGCCGUGUGGUGUCAGGCAUCCUCCCCACGUGUGACCCCGUGGUGCCCUACCACACCAUCCUCUUCACGGAUGACGAGAGGAUUUGCCACCAGGAGAGGAGAACUGUUAUCAGUCUUUUCAGCAAUCAUGUGGAGGAUCAGGAUGUACGAAUGAUGAAUGAAAAUGAGAUUGUCACCAGCAGCAAAAAGAAACAAGUUGUGGCUGAUCCGGCUCUGCGCCCCAAAACCUGCAUCAGUGAGAAAGGACUGCAGAGGAGGAGAAGAUAACGAGGAAAGUCCUGAAUGCAUCCAGCUCUGAGUAGCUGCAAUCCAGAUCUCCAAAAUAUGCAUAUCCAAAUGGAAGAUUUUCCAUAUCUGCUGCUGCUGCUGAACCACCUCCUCUUUUGGGAGGCAGUUUCAUUUGCUACAGGAAAUUUUCUUCAAAAUGAAAUCUAAAGCAUGAAUUCAGUUUCCUGGGGUUUUUUUGGUCAUGAUCUGUCUGAAUUUUCCCCUUUAUCUCUUAACUGAAAAUCCAGGGAAGAAGGAACAUAAAGGAGAUGAGAACCUUCCUGCUGACAACUGUUCUGCUAAGUACCAAGAACUUGAUAAAGCAGGAUUGUGCACAGAUUUUUUAGAUUACUUCUAAAACUUUUAUUCCUAAAUCCUAGCUGAAUGAUCAUGAAGAUCCUCACUAGAAGGAGGUGUUGCUUUAUUUCUGAUGCCUGUAAAUAGUUCUCUGGGAAAUGCACUUAUUAGAGGAAAUACACUUCAGCUGUCUGUCUCUGGGCAUGUUUUGAUGCCAGGACUGUCUGUAGGAGCUGACACUGUUUCUGACACCUAGACAGGUUCCACUGGGCUUGCAGAAAUGUGAUGGAUGCUUUUAGGAAGUGGAGAUCAGGAAUUGGCUUUAUCAAGGUAUAAUAAGUGCAUUUCAGCUGUCACCUUUUCAUGUUUUGCAGUGAAAUAAUUAUUUCUUUCAUCAUUUUACUACCAUGGAAAAAAGCAAGUGAGGUGUUUUGCCUGGAGUGCCAUUGACAGGUGCUCUGCACACCCUUCAGAGUCCUCCUGCUACAGAGCAAUGUUUUUCCUCCUAUUUUGCCUGAAUUUAUAUGAACAAGGAGGCCAUACCUCUGUGCUGCACUAACCAGAUGUUGCCAGCAACAGAUCAUCACUUCUGAGAAAUGGUAAAUGCCUUUUAAUUAGCUGAAGGUAAGGAGAGAAGUGCAUUUUUAAACAAAAAUACCCUGCACAUGUAGUCAUUUAAAUAAAAAAAACUCUAACCAAAUAAAUAUGCUGCAGGAUUUGCUAUGCAGAUGUACUUUCUGCUGAAAACUUGGUGUUUGUGACAACCUGUAAAUCUCUUCUAUGGAUUCUCAUUUUGAACUUGCUCAUUCCUGCGAUUCUGUGGUUGUUUCUAGAGAGAACUGAAUGCUGAAGUCAAGAUGGGCUUUUACACAUAAACCAGAGAUACUGGUGCAGCUCAGUUUAGAAUCCAGCUGUGCUGCUUCCCUUUCUGCCCUGCCAGGAGUGUAAUAUCUUGUAUAUUUGCUUAUUAAAACCCCGCUGCUGUUGCCUGAGCUGAAAGGACACAAGAUAACAAUGCAUUUCCCUGGUUUCUGUGUACUGAUGGAACAAAAGAAUUAAUUUUGUACUAAAUACAAACUACUUUACUUUUAAAUGUAAAA